CUUUCUGUCUCCCUCUCUGUGUCAAGAGUCAUUUCAGUCCUCCACCGGGUUGCCGGUUGAGGAGGAUCCUGCAGGAGUAUGAGAGCAUCACUACAAAACUGGAUCGGAGGAAGGGAGGCAAAGUGCCUGACUCGGAUGUUUUGACAGGUCAGCAGGAUGGGGUGAAGAGCACUCUCCUCAGGUGACCUCCAGGCAGAUGACCCGUGAUGGCCACAGUAUCACCUCCACUUUUGAAGGACGGUGUGAUAAAUACAGAACAUCAAAGUCCCAAAGAGGAGCAGCAGGAGUUCCUGAGAUCACUGGAAAACAUCCUGCUCACCAUUGUGCUUUCCAUCAUAAUCAUCAUGACGGUUUUUGGCAACCUGUUGGUCAUGGUGGCGCUCUGCAAGGACCGCCAUUUGCGCAAGAAAAAAACCAACUACUUCAUCGUGUCGCUGGCCUUUGCUGACUUAUUGGUGGCGUUGGUGGUGAUGCCCUUUGCGGCCAUCGAGCUGACCACCGGCGUGUGGAAAUACGGCGAGAUAUUCUGUCUCGUACGCACAUCGCUGGACGUCCUCUUGACCACCACAUCCAUCUUCCAUCUGUGCUGCAUUGCACUGGACAGGUAUUACGCUAUUUGCUGCCAGCCUCUUGUGUACCGACACAAGAUGACCCCUCUGCGAGUAGCGGUGAUGCUCGGCGGCUGCUGGCUCAUCCCCACGUUCAUUUCCUUCCUACCUAUCAUGCAAAGCUGGAACGCCAUUGGCAUCGAGGAUAUAAUAGAAGAGAGGCGGACCCCGCCAGGUGGCUCCAACGACACAAGCUGCGUCUUUCUGGUCAACCGUCCGUACGCUCUCAUCUGCUCCACGGUGGCCUUCUACGUGCCUCUGGCCCUCAUGGUCCUCGCCUACCAACGCAUCUACGUGACCGCCAUGAGCCACGUGCGGCAGAUCGAGACCCUCCAACGCGCCGGAUCCGCUCCGGCCGCCGGGACGCCCGCCGCCGUGGUCACGGCGAGGUCAUCCACGUGCUCGGACCCGGCGGACCAUUACCACCUCACAACGGCUGAGGGAGCCUUCUUACCGGAGUCGGCUCCCGUAGCCAACAGCCGCAUGCGUGUCGAGACAAAGGCGGCAAAGACCCUGGCUGUUAUUAUGGGCUGCUUUUGCCUGUGCUGGGCGCCGUUUUUCAUCACCAACGUGGUGGACCCCUUCAUUCACUACUCUGUGCCCUGGCAGUUGUGGACGGCAUGGUUAUGGCUGGGCUACAUUAACUCCGGCCUUAAUCCUUUCCUGUACGCCUUCCUGAACCGAGCUUUUCGGAGGGCCUUCCUAGUAAUUCUUUGUUGCGGAGAUGAACGCUUCGCAAGGCAGCGGAGCUUCUCCUGCGGACCUACGCACAGAGUCUGCUCGCCCACAUCCGUCAAUGGGACGUCAAUGGCGCUAAGAUUGUCCUUCUUGCCAAAUCGAAGCUACUGUGACAACAAAAGAACCAUAUUGGCCAAUGAGCCCGAGUCCCAGGACUCCCUUGGACCUCUAUGAGGACGACUUGUCCAGUAGGAGGCCAAGUGUCCUCUGUGAUGUCAACUGCUGUCGACUGAUUUAACUUUACUACAUCGGUCAGUGAUACCGGGGAGAUUUCAUGAGGUCACGUAGGUCGCCGAUGGACGAUCUAACCCGACGACCGGAAGACUGUAAGGUGCUUUGUUGUUUUUGAUAAUUGUCUUUAGAUGAACAGCCAAGCGUGGGUCCAAUUGAAUCAAAAGCUCAGUCGCUGGUUCAGUCGCCAUCCAAAGCUUUUUAUUGGAAGUGUUGCACUUUAAGGUGACGCUGUAAGGCAAAAGGUCAUAUUCUAGUGUUUUUAUUAGUAUGUUGUGAAGAUAUUUAUGACAAAAAAAAAAUCAUGUUUAUUUGUCUUUCUUUUGACGUGUUCCCAAUAGACCAAGAAAAGUCACCAGCAGCAAAAGGGUCUUAUGCUGCAUUAUAAAAAUAAGAUGGAAGAUGGAAGAAGUUAACCAAAAGUGACAAAGUAAAGCCUUCAAUAUUUAUAAAAUGAAUAUUGCUCGCACAGAUUUUCCUCAGCGUGCUAAUAUGGUUCCCAUAACUGAAGUCCUUUCUAGACAUGCAUUGUCUUAUUUUGACCGCUAGAGGGCAGAAAGGCAAAAUACUAAAGUUGUUGCAAAUUUAAGAAGAAAAUAAAAAAUCUGCCUUUACAAAUAUGAUCAUGUCAUUGAGGUAUGAAUGUAACAAUAUGUUUAUUGUUUUGGUUGUAGUCAAACUGCAUCAUUACCAAAAAAUUGAUGUUUGUUAUAUUUCCACGUUUACGUGUUUACUGGAUACAUCAAACUAACUUUAGUCAGAUUUCAGGUCGAGUGAAGAAAAGAGUUGAUGUCCAUUCUGAUAAUUACACAGCCUUUUCACUUUUGUUUACAUUUUCUUUUCGUUGUUUGUGAAAAUUGGGAGAAUAUUACUGUUAAUAAUUCAGGCUAAGGCCAUUUUUGUUGUCUUUCUAAGGAUAUAAUCAGAAUAUUCAGUUUUGAUUAUUCACAGUGACUUUCAUCUUCUCUAUAAUGUCUUUUGCCUACAUGAGGGGAAACAAUAAUAAUAAUUGUUGCCCAUUUUGUCUUUUUUUUUUCUAUUGCGUGUGGUGGCGGUUCAAAAUAAAUUUCUAGAAUAUUGAAAUGAAUUGACCUUUUUUGACCCACACUUACCUGACAUCACCAGUUGCCGUUUUAGUCACGACUCUUUUCAUUGAAUCAAAAUUAGCACAAAAAAUGUGUUUUCGAAUGACGGAAUAUGUUAUUACGCGUAGGCAUGAGACAUAUUUUUAACGCUCCGACACAAAGGCGUCGUCAAGCAGCCUAUUCAAUGACAGCAAACACAAAGAUCAACAAUCAGCGAUUGGCACCGAGCCUACCAUUAACUAAUCAGAGGAGGAAUUUAUGUUGUCGGGCCUCUCGCUGCUGUUUCCUGUCAAAAGAAAUGAUUUCAACAUUUGACUCCCUGUGCCAAUAUUUAUGUUGCUAAAAAGGUAUCCUCUCGACCCCAUGUGUGUGUAUGUGAGCAAUGAUUCAUUGCCUGUUGCUAUGCAUAUUUCUCAUAAUCAGUUUUCCCCGAAAAGGGGAGGUAUCUGUGGAAAGCAAUUUGCUGCAGGAUUUCGAUUGUUUUGUGAAUAAAGUUCAAGGGAUUUGCUGACUUA